UCUCUCUCUCUCUCUCUCUCUCUCUCUCUCUCUCUGAAAGUAGCAGGACUGUGGGAUGCGUUAUCGGGUCGGGUCUAGGUCUGGCCUGAUCCAGAUCCACAGUCUCCACAAACUACAAAAAUAAAAUUUUAAAAUGCAAAAGAUAGAGAGCACUGCAUCCACCGAGACUGUGGGCUACCCGCUACCCAUUUUCUUACUUCAAAAUCCUCUCUUUUUAUUUCUCUCUCUCUCUCUCUCUCUCUCUCUCUCAAGCCCCAGCAACAGCUAUGGCCACUGUAACUCCCCUUCACCUCUCAACACCCAUCAAUGGCCGCACCUGCAGUCUUAAGUCUCUCUUCCCAUCCCCCCCUUCUUCUUCACUGUGGCAAAAGAGGCGCUAUCAGAUCAGGUGCCAAUCAACUAGUACUGAAGAACCUAAGACCAAAAGAAAUUUGCUUGAUAAUGCAAGCAACCUUCUCACUAAUUUUCUAAGUGGGGGUCGCCUUGGAUCCAUGCCAACUGCUGAAGGCGCCGUCUCUGAUCUGUUUGGUCGGCCUCUCUUCUUUUCACUGUAUGAUUGGUUUUUAGAGCAUGGUUCGGUUUAUAAACUUGCUUUUGGGCCAAAAGCAUUUGUUGUUGUAUCUGAUCCCAUUGUUGCAAGACAUAUCCUCCGAGAAAAUGCAUUUUCAUAUGACAAGGGGGUUCUUGCUGAUAUCUUGGAACCAAUAAUGGGAAAAGGUCUUAUACCUGCUGAUAUUGGUACUUGGAAGCAGAGGAGGAAAGUUAUUGCACCUGGGUUUCAUUCUUCAUUUUUGGAGGCCAUGGUUAAAAUCUUCACUGCUUGUUCUGAAAGAACAGUAUUAAAGUUUGAAAACCUCAUUGAAAGAGAGAACCAUGAAGAAAAAGCAAUAGAGUUGGAUCUUGAAGCUGAGUUUUCAAGUUUGGCACUUGACAUUAUUGGUUUGGGUGUAUUCAAUUAUGACUUUGGCUCUGUUACUAAAGAAUCUCCUGUUAUCAAGGCAGUUUAUGGAACUCUUUUUGAAGCUGAACACCGAUCAACUUUCUAUAUUCCUUACUGGAAUCUUCCUUUUGCAAGUUGGGUGGUUCCCAGACAGAGAAAGUUCCAUAGGGAUCUUAAGGUUAUCAAUGACUGUCUUGAUGGACUAAUCAGAAAUGCAAAAGAGUCAAGGGAGGAAGCUGAUGUUGAAAAACUUCAACAAAGAGAUUAUUCAACUCUGAAGGAUGCUAGUUUACUCCGAUUUCUUGUCGAUAUGCGAGGGGCUGAUGUUGAUGAUCGUCAGCUUAGGGAUGAUCUCAUGACCAUGCUUAUUGCGGGGCAUGAAACAACUGCUGCUGUUCUUACUUGGUCUAUUUUUCUGCUCGCUCAGAACCCCUCGAAGAUGAGGAAGGCUCAAGCUGAGGUUGAUUCUGUUCUUGGUGAAGAGAGAAUAACUCUGGAAAGCGUUAGGGAACUGGAGUAUAUACGACUCAUAGUUGUUGAAUCUCUCCGGCUCUAUCCUCAACCUCCCCUACUUAUUAGACGGUCCCUCCAAGAAGAUAAACUACCAGGAGGAUACAUGGGGAGUGAAGAUGGAUAUGCAAUUCCAGCUGGGACGGACAUCUUUCUCUCCGUGUACAACCUUCACAGAUCUCCAUACUUCUGGGAUCGGCCUAACGAAUUUGAGCCAGAGAGAUUCUUAGUUCCAAAAGCGAGUGAAGGUAUCAAAGGAUGGUCAGGAUUUGAUCCAAACAGAAGUCCUGGAGCAAUGUAUCCGAAUGAGGUAAUCGCGGAUUUCGCCUUUCUUCCGUUUGGAGGAGGUCCUCGAAAGUGUGUCGGGGAUCAGUUUGCGCUGUUAGAGUCGACAGUGGCGUUGGCGAUGGUGUUGAAGAAGUUUGAUGUGGAGUUGAGAGGAUCAGCAGAGGAUGUAGAGCUUGUCACGGGAGCAACCAUUCAUACUAAGACUGGCUUGUGGUGCAAAGUUAAGAGGAGGAGUACUUGAACAGAAGAGUUGGAGAAUUUUUGUUCUUUCUCCUUAUUUAAGGGAUUGAGCCAUGUAAUUUGAAACUUCAACCCUUUUUUUUUUUUUUUGUAGAAAUGUAUUGACUAUUAAUAAUCUGCGCUAUUUUAGGAAUAUAAGAUGAAGCUUUGUUCUUUGAAUUAA